AUGAUGUUGGUUCUGUUGCAGAAGGAGUUGAAUUUGCGACGGGGUCAGAGAGCGCCACAUCGGAAGUCCUUCGUUGCCACUUCCCCCACCUUACCCAGAUGCCACUCUCCAGUAUCACAGGGGAGUCCGAUGGACAGCCCCAGGAAUAUGUCGCCGAGUCAGGGUCAGGGUGGGCAUUUUGCAUUUGCCCCUUUAAAGCGGGGGGAGGCAAGGCGGUGGUCUCUUGCCUCCCUCCCUUCCUCUGGUUACGGCACCACCCCGGGCUCCUCUACCGUCUCUUCUCAGUGUUCCUCCCAGGAGCGCCUGCAUACCCUCACGGCAAAUGUGGCCAAUGAGGAAUCCCGAUCCAGAUUCUCGUCCAACGACAGCAAUCCCAGUUUGGAUGAAGAGGGAAUCAUUAGGUCCCCCCUCAUGCGACCGCGCUCUCGCAGCCUCAGUAGUCCAGUACGUUCUCCAGUUGUCGAGACGUGCGAGGAUGAGAUUGUUUUGAUGAACACUCUCUACCAAGAGCGGUUCCCAAAGGCAACACAACAGAUGGAGGAACGUCUGGCCAACUUUAUCGAGACUCAUGAGGGCGCAGAAUUUUCAGAUGGGGUCAUACGCUUCGUACAUCAUCAGGUCUUAGAGAUGGCCCGGGAUUGCCUGAUGAAGUCACAGGAGAAGCUCAUCACUUCUAGUUAUUUUUACGAGUUGUCCGAGAACCUGGAAAAGUUGCUAACAGAGACUCGGGAGAAGUCAUCGGAGGCUUCAAGCCACCUCUCGGGCGUUGUGCGCAAACUCCUUCUCAUCGUCUCCCGUCCGGCCCGCCUGCUCGAGUGUCUCGAGUUCAGUCCUGAAGAAUUCUACAGACUCCUGGAGGAGGCAGAGGGCCAGGUGAGGAGCAUAGUAGGAAUCAAGGAGGACAUACCACGAUAUAUAGUCUCUAAACUGGGUCUAAAUAAGGAUCCAUUGGAAGAGCUCCAAGAAGACCUAAAGCAGUACGAAGAACAGAGCAUUCCAUCCAGUGAUAAAUCUGAAGAUUCAAAUCAGAGCCUGGAUUCUUCACAAUCUAAGGUUCUUCUUAUCACUGCCUUGGGACACAUCAAGCUCACUGACUUUGGACUCAGCAAAAUUGGAAUCAUGUCCCGUGCAACAAACCUCUAUGAAGGUUUUGUGGAUCGGGAGACCCGACAGUUUUCAGACAAACAGGUGUUUGGUACUCCAGAAUAUAUUGCACCUGAAGUGAUUCUGAGGCAAGGAUAUGGAAAACCAGUAGAUUGGUGGUCUAUGGGAAUCAUUCUAUACGAGUUCCUCAUUGGCUGUGUUCCAUUUUUUGGAGAUACACCAGAGGAGCUCUUUGCCCAUUCUGUCAGUGCAAACAUAGAGUGGCCAGAUGAAGCAGACUGGCCUGUAGAUCCUCAGGGGAAGAGUCUGAUCAUAGCACUUCUGCAGCAGAGUCCUUUGGAUCGCCUGGGCACAGGUGGUUCAGCUGAGGUCAAAGAACAUCCUUUCUUUGACUCUGUUGACUGGGAUUCCCUCCUUCGACAGAAGGCUGAAUUUGUUCCACAGCUGGAAAAUGAUGAAGAUACCUCCUACUUUGACACUCGGCUGGAUCGAUACAAUCACCAGUUGGUGGAAAGUACUGAAAAUACAGAAGAAUCCCUGUUGUUUUCAUCCUUUUCCUCAUGUUCUCCUCACUACAAUAAGUGGAUGCGUCUUGAUUCUGACAACUCUGGCCCUGAGUCUGUGUCAGAGACCCCUGACCGAGAGUGCUCAAGGUCUCUGUCAACCAGUGCUCCAGGGAUUGAAUUCUCAUUCCCAACACAUAGCACUCCUGAUUCAUCUCAGACAGAUGGAGAAGAGGCAUCUCCCCAGGUGCCAAGAAGACGGCGACUCAACAUCAUGUCUCGUUUCUCCAUCCCCAAUGAUUCCACAGAGUCUCAUCUUUCUCUGAUAUCAUCUGGAAGUGGGGAUAUGACCAGAGAGUUGUCCCCUGUGAAUGAAAGAAGUGAGGUGGGUGAUGGAGCUCGCAAUCUGCUGCUCAAAACAGCCAAAACACUAAAUCCUGCCUAUAUGACUCCAAUGACACCAGCAAAACCAGUUCCAUCACAAGGAGCAAGAAAGCGAAUUGAAAUGGCAAUUGCACCCUCUCGUUCAUCAAGUGCUAUUGUCCCUCCUGCUGUCAGUCGUGUGUCACGUUCUGGCAUCACCAAAUCUGCAUCUGCUUCUGGACUCUCGCUCAUGAUUCCAUCAGAUGAGAAUCCAGUGCAGGGGAUCCAGAGCCCUGGAGGAUCAAGCACAGCCUCAUCCCGUGAUGCUUCUCCAAGCCGAGAUGGUUGCCCUCUCUUUUCAUCUCUCAAGCCCCCCAUCAUUCUUCGCCGUUCCCCACAAGGAUUCGGCUUUGCCAUGCAGGCCAUUCCUGUUUAUUAUGGUGACUCUGAUUACUACACUGUUCAUCACAUCGUAAAGUCGGUGAAUGUUGGAAGUCCAGCAUUUGAGGCUGGUCUCCGGAUGGGGGACCUCAUCACCCACAUCAAUGGGGAACCUGUCCAAGGUCGGCUCCACACUGAGGUCCUUCAGAUGCUGCUGUCAGGAGGGGAAUCGGUGACACUGCGGGCAACCCCUCUGGAGAACACCUCCAUCCGAAGUGGAGGUCGCAGGAGAAGUGCAGAGAAGGCCAAAUUGGCACGGCGGCCUCAUCCAGCACUUGGAAGUGGGAGUGGAAAGGGUCGACCUGGUGCCAAGAAUAAGAGGGAUCCCAGCUCUCGCAGUAAAAAGACUUCCCUAUUGAGACGCCUGAGCAGCAAGAGAGCUUCAGCUGAGAUUCAACAGCUUCAAGCUGUGGGGGCUCCAGGUGGAGUGGCACUCCUCCAUCGCUCAGUAUCCACAGGUGACCCACCAGCUCAUAUCGGCGGAGCACCCUCUCGCAUCUUCAGUCCAUCCGACGCCUCAUCGGGCUCUUCAAGCCCAUCUAGCUCUGGCCCCAAUUCUCCUGCAUCCUCUUCCAUCCAUCGCCCUUCAUCUCUUCAUGGCCUCAAGCACAAACUGCACAAGACACUCCAUUCUCCUCGCCGGAAGUCAGUGGGGCACAUCCCACUGUCUCCACUGGCUCGGACUCCAUCCCCAAACCCUAACCACAGCACACCGCUGCCCCCACCAGCUCCAAUGGCCCCAACAUCAACAUCCCCAACAAGAUCCCCAUCUCCACUAACUGCUUUCUCACAUCUCUCAAUCCAUUCAAGUGGAGGGAGUUCAUUGGCCAUGCUGACACCUGCUUCGGCCUGGAAGACCCUGACCCGACCAAAGUCGGCAGAACCGAGUUCACCACUCCUAAGACGAGCUCUUUCUCCAGAGCGGCACCACUCCCGAAGUGGAGACGGAUCUGGACGUGGAGUCGGGAAGCAUUCGUUGUCCCCGUUGGUGUUCUCAACUACUCCAAGUCAGAGUCCACCCACUCCACCCCGGCUGCUGGUCACGACUCAGUCACCACCAGAAACCAAAGAAUUAUUGGCAACAUUACCUCAGCCAUCAUCUCCAGUCCCCAUGGCAGACUCAAAAGACACAAUUGUGAAUGCUUGUUUUGUUCGCCCGCAGCCUACCAGGAACCUGGGUCUCCGGGAAUCUGUGAUGGAAAACCCCUGUGAUAGCCCCAGAUCUCAAUCAUCGAUCGAUUCUGACAACGCGAGCAAACGUCGCCUUUCGUUCCCUAUCGAUCAGCCACGUGUCAGCUCCUUUACUCAUGUUCGUCUGCCCCCUAUGGACCCUAAUUCAAAAGAAACUACUGAACGAGUCACUGAUGAAUCACCUAAGAAUCAUAAAUGAUUGGGGCUGCAGCUUCUUGUGCAUUUGAGAUUUGGGCGUCAUGUUCAAAAAUGGUCCUAUCUGGGUGUUUUUGCUUUUUGUUUCUACAGGAAGAUUUAAAUGUUUGCAUUUUUGCUCUUUUCUCUUUCAUCGUUGUCAUCUUUUGUGCUCAAAUAAUUGAUGAGCCAAUUGUUUGUCCUCUCUUAUUGCCUGUGAUAGAGUUCAGAACUAAUUAUUUGAAGCUUCAACAUUCCAUUCCUUGUUGGCAUUUUAUCCUGUCUUAUUCACGUUUGUAAAUUUCCCCAUAAAUUUUUCCUCUAUCUUAUAUUCUGAUUAAAGAGGGUGUCCCACCCAAAAUGUUUACUCCCAAUUUUUCCCCAUAUCCCCUCAUAACAUAUCAGUCACUUUCAGGAGAACUGAGCAGAAGAAAGCACACCUUGCCAAAAUACUCAUCCAUUUGACAGGAAUAUUCUUUGUGUUUACUCCUGCAGUUCCUGACGAUUUGAGAGUCUAUGGUUGUUCUUUUCCUCUCAUCUUUUGUGGAGUGUGUGCUGGAGCUAUUUAAAUUGUGGUGACACUCAUCAGAUGUCUCCAGUAAUAAAUUGUGAG